CAUAGUCUAACAGAACAUGUCGCAUACAAAACUGAAAUAACGUAUACAACAACUUGACCUUCUACAGCAAACCUAAAAGCCUAUCUCCGUUUUCUCUAUGGUUAUACAAACCCUUUCUUACAGCUCCCCAUAGUGGUAAUUCUAGAGCUUACUGUUUUCCCGGUAGCAUGCGGCCAAACCACUGACAAACCAGCUUUGAGCCUUCCUCCGUCGUAGUCUAGCGUCUAAGAAAUUGUUGGUGUUUGCUCGGAGUUUUUCGUAACAAAUUCCCGGAAACAGAGUAACUGAAGGUAAAGGGACUUUAUGUUGGUCGCUGAAUAACUGCAGAAAAGCAUAAAAUAUUUAGCUACUUCUCAAGGUGGCAUUUUAAAGAACAAUGAAAAAGGAUAGAUCCCUCUCCCCAAAGGUUUUAAAAGACGAUGGAGGCAUGGAAGGUGAUGACAAUAAGGAUACUGAAGCAGAAAUGAUUCAAGAUGAGGUAGAGAGAUGCCCUAUCUGUUUGAACUGCCUUUCUGAGCAAGUGGCAUAUCCCGAGAACUGCAGUCACCUCUUCUGCUUGAACUGUAUUUUGAAAUGGGCUGAAGCAGUCCCAAUUUGUCCUGUUGACCGUAUACCUUUUGAAGCAGUUUAUGAACAGAGUUCUGGCCAAGUCCUUGUAAAGAUUCAGGUGAAUAAGAUAUGUCAAACUGAAGAUCUGAAAUGCUGCUUGAAAAAGAACAUCAGAGAAGAAUCAUUUUCUUUGGUCUCUAAGGGUUUACAAAGAUCAAGCUCUGAAGAGAAGCAUUGCAGAAAGUCUUUCAAAAAGUGUCGAAUCCCUCUUUGGUCUCGAAGAGGCCUAGGUACAAGUUUAAAACCAGAAAAUAAGUUCUGUGGAAAAACAUGUUCACAGCAGGCUGUACAGAACAAAUUUUGCAGUACUGUGGUUUAUUCUGGUGAAAUUGGGGGAUCUCCUCUGAUUCUUGAACAUGUACAGAGCUGCACAGAAGUUUUCAAUGCAUAUGAGCAUGAACCAUUGGUUAAACGAAGAAGUCAUGAAGUGAGAUUUCCUUGCAACUCAUUGUUUCCAGCAAGAACAGGAAGAAUGGAUGUCUUACAGCAUGUAGUUGAACCUUGUGUUCUAUUGUGGAAUCCUGUAAUACCAGGAGUGGCCUCUCCAUUAAGUCUUAUGCCAGGAGAUCUUGGUUGCAUUGGGAGACAGUGUGUAGUUACUAGAACGCAGGGUGGUGAAGAUAAAAAAUCUGGAUCUGCAAGUACAAGGGGUUCAAAAAACAAAUCUGAAGGUUCAACACCCAGAAGGAGGUCUGCUCGAAACAAAUCUGAGGACGGUCAGUCACUUAGUUCUUCACAAGCCAGCCAUUCUGAGUCAGAAAGCCUGAGCAGGAAUAACUCUUCAUCACAGGAUGCUGCUCCUGCAUCUUCAGAAAAGCAAAGUGCAAAGAGGAGGUCAAAACGAUUUAGUGGUGAAGGCCCUUCAAGUAAAAAGAAAAAAGGUAAAAGCCCCAAUAAGGCCUCCAGAAAAUCUUCCAGUGAUCACGGUGAAAGUGGAAGCGAAAGCACAGAUGUUGAAGAGACAGAGUUGUCGCCUCACUCUCCUGCUUCAGCUGCAGACCAAUACAUAACAGAAAGUAGUGAACUACAUCAGCUGCCAACAAAAGAUGAUUCGGGAUGUAAUCUUGACAGCAUGGAUGUCAGUAACUUGAGUGCAAAUGAAGAACCUCAUUGUACAGAAGAUGAACUAAAAGAUGUUCCUGCCACUAAGACCAUCACAUCUCCAGACAUACUACCUCCUCCUUUAUUAACUUUACCUGGAACUCUGAACUUUGAAACUGAAGUAAUUGCAGAUAAACUGUCAGAAAAAACAGAUCACUUUGAAGUUGCCGAAACAGGUAUUUUAAAGGAAAUGCUCCCAAGUCAGGCUGCCUCCUUGGAAAUGGAAUGGUCCGGUAACACCGAGCUUAAGGGUACAGAAAGUAAAACUCAAACUAAAGGUGUGCAUCAAGAGGAAAGUGAAAUGACUGUCUCAGUAAAAGAAAUUGAUGAUUUAAGUCAGUCACAGAAAGGUUGUAGUGAUAUUCUAAAAGCUAGUACUGAAUGUCAUCAGUACUCAAGUGUAGUGGAGAAGUCUGAUGCCAGCAUUGGGAAGACAGAGUGUGAUUAUAUCCUACACUCAAGUCAGAGUGAUGUGGAUCAGCCAAAGGCUGAGAAUGCUGGAGAGGGAGUGGAUUGUCUUGAUAUUUUUUGUAAGGCAGAACAAAGUGGUAAUCUAAAACCUGAUGUGGAAUCUGCUAGUAUUGUAAGUGAAAACCUUUUGUCCCAUGUGGGGCAUGAUGACACCACUUUACAGGAAACCAGAAAUGAGUCUGAUGUACCAAAGAGUGGUGGUGGGGAUAACUUGAAUAAAGUACAGCAAACUGAACCCCCUUGUUUGGAAACUGAAGAUUGCUUCCUUACAACCAUUAAAAGUAAUAGUCCAUCUGUUUGUCCUGAAGACCUAGAAUCUGUACAUGAUGCAGUUAGUGAAGAUGAACCCAGCAGGUCUGAAAAUGAUUGCAAAGUUUUAAUUCCUGCUGAAAGUAGUGGUUUUGAAACCAAAGGGGCCAGUGGGCACAGAGAACAUUUACAAAGUGUAAAAGAAUUCCAUAAUUCAGAAAACAAAAUGUCGCCUGUAAUUGAAGGUAAAUGUUUAACACUUACAAGGCUGGAUAAUUCUAUCAGUUCAGAAACCAAGGCAUCCACAGAAACUAUGGCUGAAAGUAGUGAGCAUCUUAUUGCAGUAUAUCAAGAUAAUGUAAAAGAUGAAGUUAAGUCAUAUACAGUCACACCGGACAGUGAACACACAGUAGAGGAUGUUUGCAGUAAUACAGAAGCUAAAGAGAAAUCCAAUACAAGUCUAAAUGAAGAUGUUGAAUCUGCAAGUAGAAUGUAUGUAGAUAACUCUUAUAAUAUGGAAAAUAAAUCCAACAUUUCAAAUGAGUGCACUGAACAUUUAAGCAAAGAGACACGUGAUUCAGCUACAGUAAAAACAGAAGAGCAGUCUGUCCAAAGCCCUAAGCAUUUAUGUGAUGCUGAAGGUGUCAGUACUACAGAAGCAGAAGGGAAAGCCAUUGCUUUGAAUGCAAUUGCUGAUCGUGUAACUCAAGAAGAAAAGACAGAAUCUGGUAACAUGGAAACUGAAGAGUGUGCUCUAAAUGAAAGCUCUAUGAUAAAGAUUGAUGCAGAUAUGGAAAUGGAAGUUAAAUUCAGCAAUAAUGUUAAUAAAAAAAAUGAAAGUAUAGAAAAUGUAAGUGUCAAAGAGGCCAAUAAUUCCAUCCAUUUAGAAGUCAAGGAGUGUGAAGAAACUGCAGAUUUGAAAACUGAGUCAUCAAAACCAGCAGAACAAAUGGAUAGUACAGAGUGCAAGUCUAAAGGCAGUAAAGCAUUGGAGGAACAUGGUAAGCUUGAAAGUAUGGAGCAAGUAGAUGCCAACAUUACAGUAAUAACCGAAACAUUAACAACUGUACCUAAAAAGGAUUUGGGUCAAGCGGAAGAAAAUAAUAAGUUGGAAACUGAGAAUGGUUCUGUCCUGUCCAAAUGUGAUGGUUCUGCUUUACCUAAAGAAUUAAGUGGGGAUGUUUUAGAAAAGCAAAUUUUGCAUAAGGGAGAAGAACCUUGCGUACGUUGUGAAGAAACUGCAGAGUUGCCAAAAGACGGAGAGGAAGCAAGGAGUUCUAAUACAGAGAUGCAGCCUGUGCAGUGCGACUUAGCUGGUGUUAAUGUUUCUAACGAUGAACUGCUAGACAAUUCAGAACUAGUAAGCGCAGAAUCUGUAAGAAUGCAGACAGAAUGUGUCACAUCACAGCUAGCUGUUUUGGAUAAAUCAGAACCAGACAAUCUACAGUCUGAUGUGCCAUUACAGUUGAAUAUUGGUGACAAAAAAGAUAACCAACAAAGUGCACAACUGGUUGUAAAUGAGAAGGAAAAAGUAGAUCAGCUCAGAAGAUCUAGCCUUCGCUCCUCAAAGUCUCAACUUCUGCAGGAGAACACCAAGCAAGAAAGUAACACACAGGCUGGUGCACGUGACUUGUCUAGUAUUCAUAUUGCUUCAGAAGCUAAACCAACAGCCAUUUCCGCACCACUAAUUGAAUCUGUAAAUAUGCAGCCUGAUUUGACAUCGCAUUUAUCUGUUUGUAAUAUACCUGAACCUGAAAAGUUGCAGUUUGAUGAGCCAUCACAGCUGAACUUCUCUGAGAAAAAGGGUGACCUAGAAACUGCAGCACAAAUAACUGUGGAUGAGAAAGAAAAAGUACAUCAGCUCAGAAGGUCUGGUCUUCGCUCUUCUGUGAAGUCUCAGUCUCUGCUGGAGAAUAAGGAAGAAAAUAAACUGCAGCCUAUGGAAUGUGAGUUAUCCAGUGUUCAUAGUACCACUGAAGUUGAACACUUGCCAUCCAUUUCAGAACUAAGUAAGGAAUCUGUAACGAUGACGACGGACACACUGAUAUUGCAAGUAGCUGCGGGUAAUAAAUCAGAACCUGGAAAGCUGCAAUCUGAUGUGCUUUCACAGUCGCCUGUUGCUGAGAAAAAGGUUGACUUAGAAACUGCACCAGUGGGAACUGUGGAUGAGAAAGAAAAAGUACCUGAGGUCAAAAAGUUUAAUAUUCGUUUUUCUUUGAAGUCACGGUCUCUGCCGAAGAAUAUUAGUCAAGAAAGUAAUGUUUUUACUAAAACUUCAAAUGAAAGGACUAGGCGUAAAUUUACUGUAGAGCAAGAUAACAGCAGUAGUCAGAAGACACAGGAUCAUUCAUUAGAAAUACAGAAUGAAAAAAAUACAAGUUCAAGUUCUGUAGACAUGGAACAAAAACAGGUAAAAAUGGAGGAAGAGACUGUUGUAUCCAAAAGUGAAUUCCUUGAGUCUUUAAAGAAAGUUGAACAAAGUAUUACUACAGUAGAAAAAGUUAUCCCUUGCAAAGCAGAAAUUGAAAGUAAAGAAGAGACAGGAGCAACGGCAUUCCAGAUUGCCGAAGAUAAAAAUAAGCUAUCCUUUGGUGAACAUUUAGAGCCCAUGGAAUGUGACCUUUCCAGCACACAGGUAAAAUCUGAAGUUGAAAAGCAGUUUGGUGUUUCAAAGCCACUUGAGAAAGAAUCUGUGGAACAGCAGCCUGAAAACCUGCCAUCAUCACAGUGUACUGCAGAUGAUAGAAAAGGUAAGAAAGUUGCUGAGCUUGCAGAUAAAAUUGAACAAAAUAAAACUGAACAAAAUGCUGCUGCUGUAGAUACUAAGAAGACUGUAGAUAGUGUCCAAAAAGUUAUCCUUUGCAAGGCAGAACCUGAAAGUAAGGAUGAUAAAGGACUGUCAGGGCCCAAGAACACUGAGGAUAAAAAUACUUUCUCUUCUACUGGAGGCUUAGAACCCAUGGAAUGUGACCUUCCCUAUGGCGAGAGAAAAUCUGAAGUUGAAAAGCAAGUGGAUGUUUCAGAGCCACUUAAAAAGGAAUCUUUGAAGCAGCAGUCUGAAAACCUGCAGUCACAGUCUACUGUAAGUGACAGAAAAGGAGAUCAGGAAGUAACUCCAUCUUUAGUAGCAGCCCAGCAGAAGGAGGAAAGCAAAGGACGACGGCCUAGAAGAUCUAGAUUUCAUUCUCCUUCAGUUGUUUGGAGUCCGGAAAAAGGCAACAAAAGAAGCUGUAGAUCACGUUCCCGUAGUCCUGAUAGAACAGAAGGCAGAGAAGUGUUUGAUACAGAAAGAAAAAGUAGAGGCCGCUCUCGGUCUAGAUCUCGAGUAGAGGGCAAAGAUUCAGUAGAUCAGAAUGAUAAAUGCGAAUCUUCUCAGCAGAGAACAUCUGCAACAGCUGAAAGUGAUUUGAAGGCUGCAGGAGGUAAUGAUAAACAGCAGAAUCAGGAAAUGAAAAAAGACUCAAGUAUGGAAAAGAUAGACUUAUUAAGCAUUAGCAUUUAUGAAGCUCUUUCAUCAGACAAAACUAGGAAUAAGUCCGAUAGAAGUGAAGGAUUUGGAUUUUCUCAUCCAAAAGAGAAGUGGACAAAUGAUAACUGGAAAAGUGCAAAGGGGAAUGAUAGAUACAAGAAAAGUAUCCAAGAGAAAAAAACUGAAGAUGAAAAGAGAACUACCCAAGAAAAGAAAAAUGAAGAUGACAAGAGAAGUGUCCAGGAGAGGAAGAAUGAAGAUGACAAGAGAAAUAUCCAGGAGAGAAAACAUGGAGAAGACAAGCGUAAUAUCCCAGAGAGAAAACAUGAAGAUGACAAGAAAAGUGCUCAGGAGAAAAAAACUGAAGAUAUGAAAAGGGAAAAACCUAGCCUUUUAUCCAUAAAUGUUUAUGAAUCUCAUCAGGAUAAGACAAAGAGUAAAUUGGACAGGAAUGAAAGAGGUGGUCUUUCUCCUCAACUAAGGGAAAGAGAGUGGGAGAGAGAGAGAUGGGAAAAUGAUAACUGGAGAAAUGUAAAAGGGAAUGAUCGAUACAAGAGGAUUACCCAAGACAGAGAAAAUGAAAAUAUUAUAGAUUGGGAUGAACAAAUGAACAUUGAUACUUUUGACCCCUAUUCAUUUGACAAUACAAGAAAUAGACCUGGGAGAAAUGAGAGGGACAGAUUUCCUGAGCAGAGAGAUAGAUGGACAGAUGAUAACUGGACAAAUGCAAGAGGAAAUGACGGAUUCCGACGAGAGAGCCUAGGUAUGCAUUUUCAAGAUGCUAGACAUGAAAUUGAUCAACAGUGGAAUGUGUUCGAGUAUGAUCCUUAUUUAGCAGAAAGAAAUACAGUUAUACCAGAAUGGGAUGAGUGGGGUGGGCAUCCACAGCCAAGAGACAGAUGGACAGAAGACAGCUGGAGACAUGAAAGACUGCAUGACAGAUUUAGAAGAAAUCUUGAAAUACGGCAUGAAGAUACAACCCAGGAACCAUCUGAGCAAUUCAAUCCUUGCGGUUAUGAGCGAUUUCCACUUGAGAGGCGUACCCAUGAUAUGCCAGAUUGGAUAAUAAUGGAGAGGGCAAGAGCAGAGUUUGACAACAGGAAUAGAGUUUUUGAUAACUUUACUGAACGUAGGUGGGAAGAAAAUAGAAAUGAUAUACCAAGGGACUCUUGGGAUUGGAGCUCCAGCCCCGAUUGGAAGCCCCACCCUGAGCAGGGGCCACUGCAUGAACUGGUGCAUGAACACAAUGCCUUCAGGAAUGAUUUUGACUUUGUAGAACAAAAUGAAGAUCACAGGCAAAAUAGGCACUCUUUCUCAUUGACUGAAGGUAUUUCUGGAAUUGAUGAUUCCAGAUUUAGUGAUGAAAGGUCUGCUAAAAAGAAAACUGAAGACACUAUUGAAACUCCAAUUGACCGCUCUGGCUGGUCAUCUGCCUCUAACUGGGCAGCAAGAAAAACAUUGCCAACGGAUGUUCAAGAUUACUAUUCAAAGAGAGGGAAAAACUCCUCUGUUUCAGAAUCUAUUGGAAAGAAACAAAGUGAUGAAGCGUCUGCUCAAGGGGAGCUCACUGAUUUUGAGUCACUGUGUUCCUGGAUUGGUGCUGUGAUGGAAGCGAGGGACUUAGCAGAGUCUGAAUCUUCAGCAAGGAAACCAGCAGUAUCCUCAGAUCUAG